GGGCUCGCCGUGUCCGGACAGACACGAGUACUCGGAGCCGACGCUUGGUUUGCAAUUCGGAGUCCUACACAAUUCCCAGCUUCGAUCACAUUGCUCUCGGACGCUUCAGCCCAAAUCGCGCUUCAAUUGUGCGGCAGUGGAGACCCAGUCGCCCCGCCUUCCCUCAGGUACUUACGGAGAUCUCAGAGUUGGUGACAGCGAGCAAGCGGUUCUUCGGCGCGCCAGAACCCACGGGUGCAAUCGCGCACCAUGGCUGGCAUCGAGCAGUUGGAAAUCCACAGCAAGGCCUACAUUGUGCGAUGGGUCAAGGUCGAUUCCGGCCACACCAUUUCUUGGAGCGUGCAGCCGCACAAGAAGUCAAUAAAUUUUGCCAUCGUUAAGCAUCCAGGAACGGGCGGCACGAACUUUUCCUCACUAUCCGACGAAAUCAACACUAUCGAACAGCACACAGACGGAACUGCCGAGUCCAAGCCCGGGCUCUUCGGCAAGAGGGAUGUCAGCACCGCCCAGGACCAGCUUGCGAAGAAGGGAUUUAUCCCCAUAAAAUGGCACGGCAAAUGCGAGGCAGACAAGGUUUCGGUGGGCACGUACGAUGUCACGGAUGGUGGCAUGUUCGGCCUAGUCUUCGACAACACCUUUUCCAAGCAGACAUCCAAGACGGCCACAUUCGUGCUGUUGAUUUAUCCGACGGGCGCCCCGCCGCAGACGGCACGCCAUCUACCCAACCUCCAGGCCGGACCAGCGGCUAGCACAAGUCGGUCAAGUCUGGGAAAGCAUACCAACAGCCCGCGGUUGGGCGCUGUUACCUCUGAAUCUGUCGACAGCCUACACAGCCACAGUGCAAGAGGACGUGCACUGUCGAUUGCGGGGAGGAGCGACGGAGGGGCACCGAGUUCCUACCAUGUUGGCGUCUUGCUCAAGAGGAGGCGGAAGAAGGGACAGGGUUACGCCAGGCGCUUCUUCUCGCUCGACUAUGCCACCUGUACGCUCUCGUACUACCACAACCGCAACUCGUCGGCCCUCAGGGGUGCCAUUCCCCUCAGCUUAGCGGCCAUUGCCGCCGACGAGAGGCGGCGCGAAAUCACCAUCGACUCCGGCGCCGAGGUCUGGCACUUGAAGGCGUCCAAUCCGAAAGAGUUUGCGGACUGGGCCCGGGCACUGGAACGUGCGAGCAAAAUCGCGCGGGGCUUGGAGAGUGCUGUCGACGAGCUGGCCUCGGAAUUGCACGGACAAACCCGACAGCCUGCCUUGACCGUUCCCAAUACUCAGCAAGAGGAGGAUAGGGAAUGGCAGCAGGUCGAAUCCCUGGUCAGCAGGAUAGUUGGCACCAGAGACGCUCUCAGGCGCCUGGUCAAGGACCUGGCAGCUCAAAAGCAGAGCAACCAUGGAACCCCACUGUCGCCAAGUACUCCCACGGUGCCCGAGGAUUCCGAUGGCUACUUAUCGCCGCAGCCCGAGAGAAAGUCGUUCUGGAAGCGCAAGGCGGGCGGCUCAUCGCCUUCUAUGACACCCCAAUCUUUCCAGAGUAUUGCCGGGGCAUCUCUCGCUAUCCCAACGCCCGCCACUGCCGCGCUGGUUUCAAACGGCUCAAAAUCGCCCAGGGCUUUUCAGGACGAACGAGACACGUAUAACAACUGCGCAGCUUUGCUAAAAGACCUGGACUCGGUCGUCGUCGAGUUCUCGGCCCUCCUGAACACCAGCAAGCGGCGGCGCAUACCAGCAGUGCAAGCGUCCGCCCCCAGGAAGAGCGUUGAAUCCACAGCAUCGACUGUUGAAGAGUUCUUUGAUGCCGAAGCUGGCGACUCGGACAAGUCGCAAAACCAGCUAGUGCUUAUCAACCACCAAAGCGAGGAAGACACGGCCGCCUCGGACGCUGACGAGGUAUCCAUUCACGAAUCCUCGUCCGUCUCCUCCAUCGACGACGAGGAGCCUCCGCACACUGAAAAUGGCACCAGCAGCUUGUUUCCUGCAAAGCCAAAGUCACUGUCACCGCUCCCCAUCACCGAGGUCAUCCCCCGACGCAAGACAAUCCCCCCGGCAAAGGUGCUGCCACCCAGCUUGAUAGCCUUUGUCCGCAAAAACGUGGGAAAGGACCUCAGCACGAUAUCCAUGCCUGUCUCGGCCAACGAACCCAUCUCGCUUCUCCAGCGCAUGGCCGAACAACUCGAGUACGCCCAGCUCCUCGACGCGGCGGCGCAACAGAGCCAGGCGGCGCAGCGCCUUCUCCGCGUCGCUGCGUUUGCCAUCUCCCACUUCAGCAACGGGCGCGCCAAGGAACGCGCCAUCCGGAAACCCUUCAACCCCCUGCUCGGCGAGACGUAUGAACUGGUCCGCUCCGAGGCCGAGGUACCGGGCGGGUUCCGCCUGCUAGUCGAGAAAGUGACGCACCGGCCCGUCCGGCUGGCGAUGCAAGCGGACAGCGCGCACUGGUCCUUUGCGCAGUCGCCGGCGCCGACGCAGAAGUUCUGGGGGAAGAGCGCCGAGCUGACGACGGACGGGCGGGUGAGGGUGACGCUGCGCCUGCCGGACGGCGCUGAGGAACACUACAGCUGGAACACGGCCACGGUGUUUUUGAGGAACGUCGUCAUGGGCGAGAAAUACGUCGAGCCCGUGGGCUCGAUGCACGUGUGCAACGACAGCACGGGUGCCAAGGCGGCGAUCGAGUUCCGGUCCAAGGGGGUGUUUGGCGGGCGCGGGGAGGAGGUGGCGGUCGAGGUGUUUGGGCCGGAUGGCGCGCCCGCGGGGCUGUCGAUGAACGGGACGUGGACCGGCGCGCUCAAGACGAUGCCCGGCGGCAAGGAGAUUUGGAGGGUCGGCAGCCUGGUGGAGAACGCGGCGAACACGUACGGCCUGACAACUUUUGCGGCGAGCCUCAACGAGAUCACGCCGAUUGAGAUGGGCAAGCUGCCGCCGACGGACAGCAGGCUGCGGCCGGACCAGCGUCUCGCGGAGCAGGGGGAGCUGGAUCAGGCCGAGGAGUGGAAGAUCAAGCUGGAAGAGGCGCAGCGGCAGAGGAGGCGGGUCAUGGAAGAGAAGGGCGAAGAGUAUAGGCCCAGGUGGUUUGUGAAAGCGGCAACCGCCCAGGACGGGGAGGAGGUCUGGCGGCUGAAGGGCGGCAAGGAUGGAUACUGGGAGGAGAGGGCCAGGGGUACUUGGUCAGGGGUGGUGGAUCUUUUUGCUGGUUAG